UUCUUUGCAAGACAGAUUUAUUGUGUCUGGAAACGAUUUGAUUAUUUUUUUUGUCGCAGGAACAUUCUCAUCUUCUGCUCAUUAGCACUGGUGCUGGUUAAAGCGGACCUCGAAGCAGCUGAAGGAGGGUCCCAAGCCAUGUUUGCUACAGAUCCGGAUUCAACCUCAGAUGAAGCUCCAACCGAAAGCAUGAACCUGGUGUCACCCGACCAGCCCAACGAUGAGCUUCUGUAUUACAACGGAGCGACUGCAGAUGCAAGCAGCACCAGUGCUGAGGCGGGAAAUAGCGCACCUCAAGUAAAUGACGUGCCCAAAGCUGAUGCAGCUAAAUCCAGCAUGGAAGAGCCUGACGAGGAUGAAGCCCCAGACUCAGAGGAGGCGGCGGCGGCGGCUGCGGCGGCCGUGAAACCCGCUCCGGCCCCGGUCCAGCGUGCAACCAAAUCCCACAAUGCAUCAGCACGCAAGCGGAGCAAGCCCGUCUCCGCCUCAAAAAAGAGAUCAAGAAACCUCCGUCCCUGAGACGAGAACUGUGGCAAGAGAAACGGGGCAAAGCUGCAAUGACAAGGCAGUGAUAGAGGGAGAAAAACGAGCGAUAUAAAUGUGUUCAGUGGCAUUUUUUUUGUUUUUGUUGGUUUUGAGAAUCUUGAACUAGACUUUAUCCUCUGUGAUGUACUGAUCCGUUUGCGUGUGUGACUGUGCGUUGGCGUGAAUGCUUUUGACCGUUAAAGGUCCGUUAAUGUGAGCUACGCGACUGUGCUUGCCAAAUAUUCUUCCAAACUUUACCCAGAGGCGAGGCUGUCGCGGACACUUUAUAGGAUUGAUUUAAUUUCGGAUCAGACUAGAAGUUAAAUCUGAUAUCGUAAUAAGCUGCAACUUUAUAGACCGUUCGGUUUUGUUUGCUUGAUUGAUUACAGGAUAGAUUUGAAUCUAUAAAUCUCAGACUUGAUAAAACUGGUGCUGGCAACCUGAUGACGCUGCGCUCAGGCGCGCCAUGACUUUAGCGACUAGCCUUUGCUCUCCUCACAAUGACAGUGUUUGAAUCAAAAGUGUUUCUCUCUUUGUUUUCAGUAACUUUUUUUUAUACACAAAGUAUUUAACAUUAUUGAAUUUACAAAUAUUACAAUCAGUAACAUGUUAUUAUUCUGAAACAUUUCUUUCCUUUUAUUGUACCCUUAAA